AUGCCUCCAAAAAAGGGUAAAAAUGGACGUAAUAAUGCGACUGUGUCUAAACGCGGUGUGAGUUUCGAGAAAUAUUUCACUAGUGUCUACGGUGCCCGUUGGCCUACUCUCUGUAAGGCGAUGACGGCCUCAACACCGAAGAAAGUAGUCUUGUGGAAUCGCUUCUGUCAAUUACCUUUUGAAAAGGUAAUGUCCAAUAUGAAACGUGUACAUGAUAAAUCCCUUUUACAAGUAUUCUGUGUGGAAUCCGAUGAAUUAGUAAAUCCACCGCAAUUGCAAUUACAACAGAUUACGGAUGACUUUAAUGUGAGAGCCCAUCACUUUCUUGAUUAUACUUCUGCACUUAUUGUAGAGCAAUUAGAUGUGACGGCGUUUAAUAAAGUAUUGGAUUUAUGUGCAGGUUCUGGUGAAAAUACUAUCGCUAUUGCCCAAUGUCUCUCUGUAGAUGGAGUUCUUAUAGCGAAUGAAACAAGAUCGGAUCGUUAUUUAAGAUUACAACGUAAUAUUCGUGAAUAUGUUCCCCCCAAUUUUGUUCCUAUCACAAUAACAAAACGAGAUGCCCAAACGUGGUAUAGUCCAUCUACUUAUCAUCGUGUGCUUGUGGAUGUGCCGUGUAGUUGUGAACGCCGUAUACUGCAGCAGCAGAAACAACAAUGGGGUGCUGUUCCCAUUAGUCCACAGGUGUGGAGUGAGGAGAGUAGUCGUGAGAUGAGUCGAACGCAGCGAACACUACUCUUGCGAGGGAUUGAAGCCUGUUUACCAGAUGGACGUAUUGUCUACAGCACCCGUUCCAUGGCUCCAAUGGAAAAUGAUGAGGUGGUGGAGGAUGUUCUGCAGCGUACACGAUGUGAGGUGGAAGUGCAGAAGAUCACAAUGUGUGUAGGUGAAGCCACUCGGUAUGGAUGGAUUAUUCUUCCUGAUCAUACACAGGGUUUGGGGCCUAUGUACUGUUGUGUUUUGCAUAAAAUCUCUGAUACCCGUUUAGACAGUGAAGAAGAGGAAGAAGAUAGUAGUAGUAGUGAGAGUGUUAGUACUACUACAGAGAAGGAGGAGGAAUAG